AUGGCGGUUGCUGCCUUGGACCAGCUGCGGUCUCUCUUUUCUGGUACCACUGGCAGUAUAGUAACACCCAUCAACAAGAACAACAACAACAACAACAAGAAUGAAUUUGCCGACAGCCUCAUCAACGCCAACUCGAAGGGGAGUUCCGACCUUCAUUGCGCCCUUGAGAGCUCCGGCUCCGACUUCGGCAUUGUCACACUGUUCGACCUUGAACCUCACCUGCUGAUCAAGAUCCAAUAA